AAACGGAUUUAUUGACUCCCUAAAGAAGGAACCGAUUCUGAACAGCUGAAACAAGUCGUUAGUAAUUCCAGAUUUACUUCCUGUACCAACCUACUUAGGUUUGUAACAAAAAGUCAAAAAGAACAGAUGGAGCUGAAACUCGUUAUGGUAGUGGGCGUUCCUGCCCAAUCAGAUUAGAGUAUGCUCUCUGAAAGGAGGAGGAGUUUAGAAUAAAUCCUUUAGAACGAAUCAUUUAAGGAGUUGUUUUUGAUACUGGGGGGAAAAAGGUGCCAUUUAAAUUAUGAGCACAUUAGAGUGUUUUUUGACCUUGGAUGCAUGUAAAUCUAUCGUAUGAGAUCUUUAAAACAAAAUUAGGCACGUUUCAAAACCAUAAUAGCUGCACUUUAAUGGUCCAACAAAAAUGUAUAUUUAAAAAAAUGAUCACAAUGAUCACAAAUUUCUAUUAUUCAUAUCAAAUAUGUCACAUUUAUCCUAGGUUUUGCCAUUGUACAGUUUGUUCUUAUCAACAACCUCCUCUACACACACACACACACACACACACACACAGUAUCUGCUCUCACUCUACACCUCUUCAUCACAAUCAUGCUGAAAUAUUCUAAGCAGCCAAGAUCCUUUAAUGUUCAAUAACAGAAUGCCAAGGACCCUUUUGAAUGUGUAGUACAUUCCCCUGCCCUUUGCUAUUAGUGACAUGACCCUUUACCAUGCUGCUCACUAUGAGUUCAGCAAUUCUGAAACUUUUUGUUACCAGAGAUGUCUUCCAGUUCCACAGAACUCAAACGGGCUACUCUGUGGGAAGAAGAAUGGCCAUUCUGUGACUGUUAGUGUCCAUGUGACCACUGCUCCAACAGCUGGAGGCUGAACCAUAAAUUGUAGUUGUACAGUUGUUUGGCAUCCAGAGCUGGACAGCGCUAGAACCUUCAACUGUGAGGUGAAGAGACGGAAGGAAAGAUGGACAUGGACAUGGAGGAUGAAAUGGGACGCACUCUGGUUCAGGUCAUCAGUGAGAAGUACAACCCAGACAACUUCCCAUACUGCCGUGGGCCUGGGGCCGGUGUGGUGAUCCGGACCAGUCCUCAGGGUUCUCCUGUCAAAGAUCGUCUAAAUCUGCCCAGUGUGCUGGUUCUGGAAAGCUGUGGAAUAAGUCACGCAGGAGAUGAGGAGGAAGUGGCAACGUUCUGCGCUCAUGUGGUGGAGUUGGACCUAUCUCGCAACCAGUUCAGAGAUUGGGGAGAGAUCAGUAAGAUCCUGUCUAACAUCCCUCAUUUGGACUUUCUCAAUUUGAGCAUGAAUCCUCUGAAGGGCUCCUGCCUGGAGCCUGGGGGUGCUGAAGCCUUCUCAGGCCUUCGCCGCCUCGUCCUCAACAGCACACAUGUGUCCUGGGCCAUGGUGCACACGCUCACGCAAGAGAUCCCUGAACUGGAGGAGCUCUUCCUGUGCUUGAAUGAGUAUGAGUGUGUGAACUUGUCACGGGUACCCUGCCCAUCGCUGCGCCUGCUGCACAUCACUGAUAAUCUGCUGCAGGACUGGAGCGAGGUGCGCAAGCUGGGCCUCCUGUACCCUCGUCUGACCUCGCUCAUUCUCGCUAAUAACUCUCUCUCUUCCAUCCACGAGCCUGAGGACUCACUGCAGUGCCUGUUCCCUAACUUGCACAGUAUCAACUUGCACAACUCAGGUUUGAAUUGCUGGGAGGACAUCGAGAAGCUCAAUUACUUCCCGAAGCUUCGGGAGGUUCGUCUAAUGGGCAUCCCCUUACUGCAGCCGUACACUGACCAAGAGAGACGAUACCUUACGAUAGCACAUUUGCCGUCAGUCACUGUUCUGAAUGGAAGUGUGGUGACAGAUGGAGAAAGAGAGGAUGCUGAACGCUUCUACAUCCGCUAUCACCUGGACUGUCCUGAGGAUGAGUUACCACAGAGGUUUCACAAUCUUGUGGCCUGUUAUGGGCGCCUGGCACCACUGGCAGACGUGGAUUUGCGGCCACUGAGCUGUGCCCAGGUUGAGCUGCACUUUGGGGACAACACCAAGCAGCUGGAGCUCCGGCUAGAGCAGACUGUGGCUGACCUCAAGAAACAGCUCAGGCCUAUAGUGCAGCUGCCAGUCAACAAGAUGCGUGUGUACUACAUUGACAGGCAGCUGGGUUAUGCACUAGCACCUCAAGAGCUGAAGUAUGGAGCCCGAGCCCUCCAUUCCUACAGCAUCCGGGAUGGAGAUGAGAUCCUGGUAGUGCCAAAGAGUCAGUGAAUAAAGCGAUAUGAUCACAGAGACAAUAGUUAAAAAAGGGGCCAGUUGAUAUGGAAGAAUCAAAUAAAGAUCUCCCAGUAAAGCCAGUGUAAACAAUGAGUUCCAAAUCAAUUUAUAUAUCAGUGAACCACUCUGUCUUGUGGAAAGUCAGAGAGAUAAGGGCUGUGUGUCCUAAAAGCUGACCAUUUACUAUGUUGAACCUGGGAGAUCUAACACUGUCCAGCAGAAGUAAUCAUUUCCAAAAAGACUCUAAAUUGGGAUAUAGCCUCUUCUCUUCUUGCUACACUGUUACAUGGGUCAGUGGUGUAUUUUUAUUUCCAAAGCUAACCAAGAUUUCAAAAGUUUUAACUCACCUGUUGAUAAUUUAUUGUGUUACAUAUACAAUAUGCAUAUGUGCAUGCGACUGCUUCUCAGGAACAACAAAUCGCAUGCACUUUCAAGUAUUAUUUUUUACCACUUAUGGUCUACAAUACACAUUAUUUUUAAGACACAAUCCUAUAUUACAAGCAUUACAGGCUUACACAUAUCCACAUAUCUCAGUGUAUAGAGAAUUCACAAAUCUCUUGUUUUAAAUGCACCCAUUUUGAAAUUCAGAUCCAGCUAAUAAAAGCUUGCAUAGUGAUAUUGACUUAGUGAGUCUGAUCUGACAUGCUAUGAGCUACAGUUUUCCCUGCUACAAGUGUGGUUACAGAAGGAAAUGUUGCCUUGGCGUUUCCUAGAGGUUAGCACCGUAUGAUGAAUGCAUCAGGACUGGCCUAGUCAACAGAGUGUUUGUGAUUGAUUGCUGCAGAAUACACUGAUCCCUGGCUGUGGUAACACCAUCUCAGUCACACAGCCAGGACAGCUUUCUCCCUGCUUAGAUUACAAUAGGGUCACCCCCAAGACUGAACCCUCUCUGGGUUCAUGUGUCUUUUCACAUGCAGUUCAGUUGGUCCUGCCUAGCUUCCCUUAAUAAGACCACUUAAUGUUUGCAAUGGGGUGGAACUCAGCUUCACAUCACAUGAGAAUCUAGUCAUUUGAUAUUCAUUUGCAUGAGCAGCCUUGCUUUUAUUCCUUUUAUGCAGAAAUGCCUUUGAGGCUUUUUAGCGAUUGUUGGUCCUCUCAGUCAGUUUCCUGUCUCAUGUUGGUGCACAAGUAAGACUUGAUAUGCCCAGUUAGUAUUUGUCAAAGUUGACUCACACUGAAAAAUGAGCCAGCAUGAAUAAAACUGCUGGAAUUUGGCUUGCAAUUCUUCGGCAGAUGUAUUUAAUGUGCUAUUCAGGUAGAUUAUUUAUUAAGGUUUUUGACAUAAUUACAUUAUCCACAGUUUUAUUUAGGCUGUGGGCUCAGUAUGGUAAGUCACAUAUUGAGGGGGAAAAAAGAGUUUUUCCAAAAAGCGAUUCUUAUUGGUUUGGUAUAAUUUUAUGUGAAACAGAUUUUAAAGAACUGAAUGGGUUGUUUUUUUUUAAAUUUAGAAAAAACUUUUUAACUUUACAUAUGUGUUUUCUUGAUAUAUGAUUAUUGUUGUGAUAUGUAAAGAGAUCCAGAAUAUAUGAUUUUUGUUGUGAUAUAUAAAGAGAAUCCACGAUUUAUAUUAUCUUGUAUGUGUUCAAGAAGGCUAGACACAUGCAUUUGAGCCAAGUCAUGUGAUGAUACUAAUUGUUAUGUAAGGGAAUUUUACUUGCUUUUGUCAUAUAAUGUGCGACUAUAUGAACAUAUUAUGAACAUGUAUGAGUGAACAGUACAUCAUUACUGACAAUUGAAUCAUCUGCAAAGUCUGUUUUAAAAUGGUCAAUUCAUGCGACUCUUCACAUUUUAGGUUUUGGAUUAUCAUGCCUUGCCCCUCUAUCAGUUCCCAGCAAAGUGUCUCUAAUCCUGAACCGGAUGAACUGGCUGUGAUGCUAUAUGGACAAACUAUGUAUGCUAUCCGUUAGUGAAUAAAUUUAAAGUGGACAUUGUUACAUGCUUUGGUCUUAGUGUACCAUUUUUGUCUAACUGAUAAAUCAUUUCUAUAUCACAUACAAUGUGCAUUUUUUUUUUUUGUAAGCAGCUCAUUAGUGUUGCAUCUUUGUUGCUUCAUCAAUGUCUGAGUCAUGUCUUACCACUGCUGUUUGAGUUCCAUCUGAAGUAAUGUUCUCCUAAUCCUUUGAUUAUGCGAGUCGCCCUUGUUAUGCAGUUUGGUAGCUCAGUCCCAAUUCUCUUCCUAGGGCAUUAGACUCAAAGUGAGUAGUACCUUUAAAUAAAAUUAUCUCUGUUUUGUCUUUAUUUAGUUGAAGGAAAUUUCAGCACAUCCAGUUGUUAAUUUGCUCCAUUUGCCAUUCCAUGUCAAUUCAAUCAAAUUCAAAAAGUUGGUUGAAUCAAUGUAUUAAAAUUACUUCAAACUUAUUCUAGACCAAGAUUGAUAUUUGAAACUGAACAUUACAACAUACUGCUAAUCAGAUAUGAAUACUUCACAAAAUAUAUAUUUAUAUGGCCAUAAGUUUGUGGACACCUGACCAUCACACCUGACCCAAACCCAGACUGGAGCAGGGCUGUGGGUAUUUGCCUAUUCAGUCAGGCACUGAUGUCAAGUGACCACCAAAUUUGGUAAACCAUGUCUUCAUGAACCUCCCUUUGUGCACAGGGGCAUUGUCAUGUUGGAACAGGUCUUAGUUCCAGUGGAGGGAAAUUGUAAUACUAACUGUGAUUCCAAAUUUGUGGCAACAGUUUUGGGGAAGAACCACAUAUGGGUGUGAUGAUCAGAUGUCCACAAACUUUUGACCUUAUAGUGUAGCUGGUUGACUUUGAAGGGCUGUUGUGAUUUGUAAUUUCUUUUACAAUUUAAACUUUAUUCAUGAUUUUUUUUUGUCUAUUUUCGCUUUUAU